AUGGGAACUCCUAUUGCUGCUCAAAUAAUUAUGUGUGUCCGCCAACCUAUGCACUCCAGCGUAGUGCCAUACCAUAAUUGGUCUCAUGCAUUUUCCGUAGCCCACUUCUGUUGGAUUGCUUUGCGAACUCCAGCUGUUUUACAUGGUUUGGAUGAGCUGGAACGAUUAGCGCUCUUGAUCGCAUGUCUUUGUCAUGACAUCGACCAUCGUGGCACGACAAAUGCCUUUCAAUUGCAAUCGGUGAGCGGUGGAGUAGUGAAAACUCCUCUUGCUCAAUUGUAUAGCAGUGAAGGCAGCGUGUUAGAAAGGCAUCACUAUGCGCAAACAGUGCAAAUUCUGCAGAUGAAAGAAUGCAACAUUCUCGAUCAAUUGACGCGUACACAGUAUCAGACUGUAUUGAGUCAUAUUCGCGAUGUGAUCUUAGCUACUGACAUUGCAGUUCACUUAGGAAAAGUUGGAAGGAUAAAAGCUAUGGUUGAUGAAGGCUACGAUCCUAUGUCUCGUGAUCAUCAUUAUUUAUUUAUGUGUUUACUAAUGACGUCUAGCGAUCUUUCCGAUCAGUCAAAGGAUUUCCGCAACUCAAAAGCGAUAGCG